AUGAGAGAUAUAAGUCGUGACCUAAGUGUAUGGGAGCAGUGCUUUUUGGGACAGAUCUAUUCAAUCCUUAUUGAAAGUGAACGAAAGACCUGUCGCAGCGCUGAACCGGAUCCUUCAAAGAAAUCCUAUUUAGUUGCCCAAGCAAGUGCUCGUAUUACCUCGAAAGUGGUUCUCUAUGUUAUGGAAGCAAUCAGUCAUAAACAGAUUGCUGAAGAAAAUGUGCAGUCUAUAAAAACGACGUUGGAGUCAAAAUGGCGACCAAAGCGGAAAAAGCAGGGAUCAUCGUAA